GCACAAGGUCAGAUCUUAAUUUAAACACCGACUGGAUACUUAAUUUUAGAUACACUGAGGAACACAUUAGCUCCAAGGCGCUUCCCCUGGUUUAGGAAAGCAAGGCCCUGGAUAAGAAUAACAAGACGAUCAUUCCAAAAGAUAUGGAUAUUAAUGAUGACCCUAAUGAAGACCAUCUUGCAAGUUAUGACAUUCAGCUCUGUAUUCAGGAGUCCAUUGAAGCAAGCCAAGCUGUAGUCCAUCCUGAAAGACUGGUACCACUAAGUGAUCAAAACCGAAAGCUUGUAGAAGCCAUAAGGCAAGGUCACAUUUUUGAGCUCCAGGAGUAUGUACAAUAUAAAUACGCUCUGGAUGAAGCUGAUGAGAAAGGCUGGUUCCCACUGCACGAGGCUGUUGUUCAGCCCAUUCAGCAGAUACUCGAGACUGUUCUGGAUGCAUCCUAUAAGACAGUCUGGGAAUUCAAGACCUGUGAUGGAGAAACACCCUUGACUUUGGCAGUCAAAGCUGAUCUGGUGGAAAAUGUCAAGACGCUGCUAGAAAAGGGGGUCUGGCCUAACAACAAAAAUGACAAAGGAGAGACACCCCUUCUAAUUGCUAUAAAAAAUGGCUCCUAUGAUAUGGUAUCUGCACUGAUUAAAUACAAUACCAGCCUUGACCAACCCUGUGUCAAGCGAUGGUCAGCAAUGCAUGAGGCAGCUAAGCAAGGCCGAAAAGAUAUUAUAGCCCUAUUACUGAGCCAAGGCGGCAACGUUCACCUGAGAGAUGGAUUUGGAGUCACACCUUUAGGAGUCGCUGCUGAGUAUGGUCACUAUGAUGUAUUAGAACAUCUGAUCCACAAAGGUGGUGAUGUGUUUGCUUUGGCGGAUGAUGGGGCAUCUGUGUUAUUCGAGGCAGCAGGAGGUGGAAACCCUGACUGUAUUUCCCUCCUGCUGGAAUAUGGAGGAAGCAGCAAUGUGCCAAACAGAGCAGGACAUCUUCCAAUACACCGAGCUGCCUAUGAGGGACAUUACCUUGCUCUGAAAUAUCUCAUCCCAGUAACAUCCAAACGCGCAAUCCGGAAAAGUGGCCUAACCCCAGUUCACUCAGCAGCAGAUGGACAAAAUGCCCAGUGCCUGGAACUGCUCAUUGAUAAUGGUUUUGAUGUCAAUGCCUUACUUGCUGACCACAUUUCCCAGAGCUACGACGAUGAGAGAAAGACUGCACUUUAUUUUGCUGUCUCUAACAAUGACAUCCACUGCACAGAAGUCCUUCUGGCUGCAGGUGCAGACCCCAACCUAGAUCCCCUCAACUGUCUACUUGUGGCAGUGAGGGCCAAUAGCCAUGAAAUUGUCCGGCUGCUCCUCUGCUACGGGGCCAACGUCAAUUGUUAUUUUAUGCAUGUGAAUGACACUCGUUUUCCAAGUGCCAUCCAGUAUGCCCUGAAUGAUGAGGUUAUGCUGAGGCUCUUGCUGAAUAAUGGCUACCAAGUGGAACUGUGCUUUGACUGCAUGCACGGAGACAUCUUUGGGAAUUCGUUCGUGUGGUCAGAUUUAGAGGAGGAGGUACUGCCAGGAUGGACAUCUUGUAUCAUAAAAGAUAACCCAUUCUGUGAGUUUAUUACGGUUCCGUGGAUGAAGCACCUGGUGGGCAGCACUGUCCGUAUACUAAUAGAUUACAUGGACUAUGUCCCCCUGUGUGCAAAACUGAAGUCUGUGCUAGAAGUGCAGAGAGAAUGGCCAGAAAUCCGGCAAAUAAUAGAGAAUCCCUGCUCACUAAGGCAUCUGUGCCGGUUAAAAAUCCGCAGACUUAUGGGACUUGAGCGACUCUGCCAGCCAGCCUCCAUGGAGAAACUCCCUCUCCCAGCAGCGAUUCGAAGAUACUUACUAUUUAAAGAAUAUGAUCUCUACGGACAACAGCUAAAGUUAACAUAACUUUUAAAAAUGAUAUUUUAAAAUGUGAUUCUUAAAGUACUUUAAAAUGUGA